UUACCUGUUCCUGGAAAAUAAAAAAACAAACACCUUGUGCCUAACAGCUAAAAAAAGAUAUUAAGAAAAACUUGGGCUGUACCUGCCUCAUACUUUGACUGAAACAUUUUAAUGGAUCUAUAAAUAAAACUGGACAUUUAUUUCCAUUCAUUCAUAUUAAAAUGCACACAUUUCAUUCAAAGUCGGGGUUAUCUUUUUUUUUCUUUUGUUUACAAUUUUAUUAUUUAUUAACAUAUGGGAUCAAGUAUUGCAUUUCUUUUAUUUUGAUUUUUUCAGAUUUUAAAUUAAUUAAUUUAAUUUAUUUAAUUAACCACUAUCUUGAAGAAAUUCGGGCCAUUACAGGUUGCUAGGCAACUGCACAGACGCUUUUCACCUUACCGGAAGUGCGUGGCUCAGAGGAAAUAUGGCGCACAGGGCAGUGCAUAUACCACUAGUAUUUAUUGCUUCAAGAUAUUAUUUUACCUCAUUCUCUUUGUCUGUUUUCGUCGCGUUUGCAGCAUUUAAAGCCGUAAACUCUGACAAUGUGUACAGCGCAAGCCACACGGCCACCGUAUCCAUCGCCGCCGCCAGGGAUCUACGGUACCUUUUGUAUGACGUGAAUCCCCCAGAGGGUUUCAAUCUGCGGAGAGAUGUCUAUAUCCGCAUGGCCUCCCUGGUAAAGACUUUGAGGAAGGGUGGGGAUGACUGGGUAUUAGUGCUUCCCCCGUGGGGUCGCCUCUACCACUGGCAGAGCCCCAAAAUCCACCAGAUCCGCAUCCCGUGGGGAGAGUUCUUCAGCCUCACUAGCCUGCAGGCCAAUGUGCCUGUCAUUGAGUAUGAGGAAUUCAUUGCUGAGAAUGGAGGCCCAUUCAUAGACCAAGUUCUGGUACUGCAAAACUACGCGGAGGGAUGGACUGAUGGAAAAUGGGAGGAAAAGGUUGAUGAGCGACCGUGCAUUGAGAAGUUGAUGUACUCCAAAGAUAAACAAGGCUACUACAGGGGCUGGUUUUGGGGCUACGAGGAGACGAGAGCUCGAAAUGUAACAUGUAUAUCGGCCCAAGGCCAUGCCUCCAUCAUGGCCCCGGUUCUUCAGAAAAACAUCACAGUGACAUCAGUUAUGCUUGACCGAGCAGAGACACUCCUCCAUGAUCACUAUGCUGGGAAGGAUUACUGGGAUACCCGUCGCAGUAUGGUUUUUUCCAAGCACCUGCGACUCAUAGGAGAUGACUUCCGAGCCAAGUACCUGAACUCUACAGAUGACAGAGACCAUACCGUUUACAGUGAAGAUUGGACUCGCAUGAAAGCCAAGCUGGGCUCAGCUAAAGGUGGUCCAUAUCUGGGUGCCCACUUGCGCAGGAAGGACUUUAUCUGGGGUCACAGAGAGGAUGUCCCCAGCCUUAAGGGGGCAGUCAAAAAGAUGCGCAGCUUGAUGAAGAAGCACAAACUCGACAAUGUGUUUGUUGCAACAGAUGCAGAUGGGGAUGAACUGAAGGAGCUGAAAAGGUUGUUGCCAGAAAUGGUGCGGUUUGAGCCAUCCACAGAGGACCUGGAGCUCCUUAAAGACGGAGGGGUGGCCAUCAUUGACCAGUGGAUAUGUGCGCAUUCAAGAUUCUUCAUAGGAACAUCAGUGUCCACCUUCUCUUUCCGGAUCCACGAAGAGAGGGAGAUCCUGGGUUUUGACCCCAAAACUACAUACAAUCGUUUCUGUGGGGACACUGAGAAAGAAUGUGAACAGCCCACACACUGGAAAAUUGUUUAUUGAUGAGACCUCUUGACUUUCCUGACACACACAAGUGCCAAAAGCAGUAUUUUAAGUGUUUUAUGGUGUAUUUUUUAUGGUUUAAGAGUUGUGCAAUCAGGUCUUUGGAGACCACUGUGACUGAACCGUAUGCUCAAAAGGCCAAGACUGGGCUUAUAUGACUGUAACAAGUUCAACAAGUAAAUCUGCAAAUAUUUUGUAGGUUGUAUGUUGAAUGUGGAUCCUUCAUGACAGCCUGGUAUUUUACAUAAUGUCUGAUAUUUAUCACUAACACCAGCACCACUGGUGAGAAACAGUGUCUUAUAGUGACUGCCACAGACAGUGUUGUAUGAGAGUAUCCUCAGUUCAACAUUUUGUGAGAUUCAAAGAUGUUGAGCAUCUAAAUUUAACCUAUUUUUUCCCCCUAAAUAUUAGACCACAUAAGAAGCAUUCAGAGAUUAUGAACAUAGUUUGAAGAUAAUGCAUUUUUAAUUAAAGGUACCCUAUGGAGUUUUUCUUGUAAACAAGUAAAAAUGUGUUUCUUACCCAAAAGCACUCUGUGUGUACCAUUAGGCCUAAAUCCUAGUCUGUUAAAUGCAUUUCCUUCCUCAUAAAACUUAUUUUAGAACCUUGCAAUGUUUUCGUCCAUGUUUGCUAGCAGUCGUCUUCUUCACUGCCUUUUGUUAGCGCAAGGCUUCGUUACAUAAUAUGUUGCCACCGACUGUUGAUCAGUGGAUUAGCAUUAAACUGGUGAGAUGAAAGUGUACUUUGUUGCCACACUCUAGUGCACGAGAUCCAAACAAAAAGUGCUCCAUAGUGCUACAUGUGUUCAAAAGCUCCAUAGAGGACCUUUUAAAAAUGAAACCUAACAAAUUCCAGCUCAUGCUUUGUUGAAAAUAGUUGUAUUCCUCCUCUGCUUCCACCGUAUUUCAGUGUUUCCUCCCUUAUUUCAUGUUUUUACCCAGUGCCAGUAUUAACAUUUGUUACAUGAAAUUCCUUAUUAAUGCUUAAUACCUUUAGCCUUUUCUUUGGAAUCCACAGACUGUAUAUUUGGUAUGUGUUAUUAUGGUGUUAUGGCUAACGAUACUACCAUUGAAAGGAAUCAAAAUGCCACGAAGGAGCCACUGUGUCUUGUCAACACUAGCCAGCCAUCAAGCUGUUAUCUUACAACACGACUUGUUGUUUUUUUUUGUUGGUUCUUUAUCCCUGAGCAUGCACACAUUAAUUAAUUCAGAUAUGGGCAUUGUCUCAUGGUUUGUACAGUAGAUGUUUUUAGUGAAUUUUGGUGUUGAAUAAAAGUUCUUUUGGAGUAAAACAAACAGAUUUUACAUUUACACACACACACACACACACACACACACACACACACACACACACACACACACACACACACACAUUUAUAUCAUAACCUUAUAUAGUCAGAAGCUGAAGUUUAGAAGUGUUGAUGUAAAUGUUGUAAGAGAUUAUAUCUUGGCUUGUUAAAUGUACCCCGUACACCCCUAAAUAUAUUGUUUUCAUUACUAUUA